CGGCCUCACCACCGCGGAGUCACCGCGCGUAGCGCGCGACUGUCGCAAAAAUUCGCGCAACUGACGCCGCCGGGGAACAUACGCGCCUUUACUCGAACCUUACGCUCUUAUCAUUUGCACCCCAGUGACUUUAGUGAACACUGUGCUAAUCUAAACUUUACAAAGAAACUUUACUUUAUAAAAAAAUUGCAAAGUUGCCGUUCAGUGACUAAAACUUUAGUGGCCAGUGACUCAACAAGUGAUAACUCCGUAAGAAAAAAAAAACUGAAAUGAGUUCCAAAUACGGAUUGCUUGUCAAAUUUUCGCGCGCGUCGUGACUCGAAAAUGUCAAAUAAAAACAAAAGUACUGUUGGGAAAAGGAAAUUGUGUGCCAAGUUAGUCGAAAAUGGACUUGACGACUCGUCGAGGGGAAAUGCUGGACGGUGCCGGGGAAGUGACGCUGAACGGGACUGACCAGGUGUGCCGGGAGCUAGUGAACGGAACGGAGAGCUGUGACGUCAGCACGGUGACAGCUGAAGUGACGACCUCGAGGAAGACGAGCUCGUUCAGCAUCAGGAACCUCGUCGGCACGGGAGAUUCGGAUAGACCGGCUGAUACGCCUAACAAUAGCGAUGAUUACUUCACGCAAAGCCAAGAGUACCAGAAAUACGCAACUGCUAUGGGGGUCUCCGAAGCCCCCAAAGACGACUCACCCCGGACGACACCGGAGCUGUCCCGGGCCGACCAGUCCCCGUCAGAGCGCCCACCGCCAGGGUCGGCAGACAGCGAUGAUGCUGAUGAGUUCGCCCCCAAGAGGAAGCAGAGACGGUAUAGGACGACCUUCACCAGCUUCCAGCUUGAGGAGUUGGAGAAAGCGUUCUCGAGGACUCAUUAUCCUGAUGUUUUUACGAGAGAAGAGCUCGCUAUGAAAAUUGGCCUAACAGAAGCCCGAAUACAGGUCUGGUUUCAAAACCGUCGCGCGAAAUGGCGCAAACAGGAGAAGGUUGGGCCUCAGGCGCAUCCAUACAACCCUUACUUAGGAGGUGCGGGGGGAGCUCCCCCUCCGUCUGUGGUGGCGUCCAUGCCGAACCCCUUCUCACAGCUCGGCUUUGGCUUCAGGAAGCCGUUUGAUACGAAUGCCUUGGCACAGUUUAGAUACGCCGGAGCGCCAGUCCUGGGCGCGCAAUACCUCGGCGCCCCUCUCCCCCGGCCGCCGCUCUUCAGCGCCCCUCUCUACACCAGCAGCCCUCCCUUCCACUCGCUACUCGCAGGCCUAGCCGCCCCACCUCGGCAGUCCCCCGACCCGCCGCCCGUCUCACCCCCCAUCUCACCCGGCAGCGAGUCUCCCCCAACACAACCAUCAGCCCCAGAGAUAGAGAGAAGAAGUUCCAGCAUCGCAGCCCUCAGGAUGGCUGCCAGAGAACACGAGCUCCGACUAGAGAUCCUCCGACAAAGGCACCAUACAGACCUGAUUAGUUGAACACAACCUCGGCUCCGUUUCGGAGAACUCAAAUCCGGUUUCCUAAUUGAAGCUUGAACCUUUGGCAAGGCUGGUUUGCGAACAUAUCUAGACAUGUGAACGCUGUUACUUAUUUGUAAAAUGUCGGGAAUCAGGUUGUGUUAUGAAGAAAAAAAUUAAGUAUAAUUUUUGCGCACUUUUUGUCAUUUAGCCGUUGAUUAUUUUCGCUUUUUGUUACGAGUUCCAAGUUAUUGUUUCUCAGCCAUUCGAGGCGUCAGAAGUGAACAGAAAAGAUAUAUUUAACGAAGAUUGUAAAAAGUAUAAAACCUAGAACCAGUUAGAUAUCUUAAUUGUAAUUAAGAACUCGGUUGGUACAGCUUGAAAUAUCUGGAAGAUAAUGACAAAAAGUGACAAGAAAAUUAAAUGGCUCAGUACUUAUUUACAAUUAAAUACGUUUUUUAUUUCUGUAAAUUAAUCGAGUGUAUAAACCUGUUCCAGUGAGCUAUAUAAAAUAUUUACAUGUAAUUAUAUUUUGGCUAAACGCCUUGUAAGAUAACUAUUGUAGUAAAUAUUAGUACGUUAUAUGUUAAUACGUUUAUAAAGACGUAAAUACUUCAAAUCCGUCCAUUAUAGGCCUUAUUGUUAUUUAUUGUAGGAUAAGUACUUAAUUAUUUUAAGUUUUUCAAAGUGAUGUUUGCUAAUUCCGAGGAAAUGUUCAUGCCUUCAUUGUGCCUUUAAUCACGAAAAGUAUUAGAAAACUGUAUGUAUACGUAAAAAGACAAUAAACAUACAAUAAAUAAGUAUUUAUUCAUAAUGUAAAAAUGAGUUUUCUUCAGAAAGAUUGGAUCACUUCUUAACUAAAAGUAAUUCAAAGGCAUUUUAACUUAUCUCUUUUUUGUACAAUAAUAAUUUUAUGUGAUUGCGUGGGUAUUGCAUAUGUUUUGGUGUGGUGUCGGUUGCCAUUUUAAUCAAUAGCUAUUCAAAAUUAACACGUUUUUGUAUUGUUUUGGAAAAGUACGUUAUUUUAAGUUGCACCAAAGAGGAUUGAAUGAACCACAAAGUUCUGUUUAAAAAAAAUAGUUGCACAAAAUACAGUGUCUAUGCUUUUACUGUUUGUUAAAAAGGAAAAAAAAACAUCAUUAUGGAUUAUCUUGUAUAAAAAUAAAAGUAUCGAAACCUUUUA